CAGAAGAAGACGUGUCUCGUACGUCAGCUUAAAGUGUGUGAUUGUAAUCCAGUAUAUAAACCAUUGUUACCAUCAUGACCAAACCAAAAAACAUUAAAAGGGAAAAUAUAAGUGUUGCGACUGAGAUUGAUCGGAUAGAAGAGCAGCGAACGCAUAUUCAGGACAGGCUGGAGAUAGCAGAAUUCAGACAUCGUCGAGAGCAACUCUUAGAUGAGGAAAGGAAAGCCUUGGAGGAUGAAAUGGCAAUCUUGAAUGAGAGGAUACAAAAAUUUGAUAAGGAGCUUGGGAUUCUCAGAGGGGAGAACAGAAGAAAUAUGAUGCUCUCUGUAGCACUUUUGGCGAUCAGUGCUCUGUUCUACUAUGCCUUUGUUAACUGAGGACUGGUUUACUGCUCUAUGAGUGCAAUCCUGUAUGCUUAAGCACAUCUGCAAAUUUAGCCACUUUUUGAUGAGUGUCCUUUUGCCAAACAAACUACCAUAACAUAAUUUUGACACGCUGUGCCAUCCUUCCUUAAUCCCAAUUUCACAACACUAUAUGCUUAAAUACUGCUUUUUACAUGUUCUGUAAUCACUGUGCUACAAUUUAGGCGGGUAAUCUAUUUUAUGUGAAACAACAAGGCAAUGUAACUGUUAAUUGUGAAAUUUUGUUUGACACAGUACUCUUUUUUUUAUUAAAUGUUAAAUUAAACGUACUUGCAAAUUUCAUGCAUCAUUACAUCAUACUAUGUAGCAACUGUAUUAUAGAUCACAAUAAAUGUGUAUACAUUUGAUAUUGUAUUUACAUUGUAAUUUUUUGCCAUUUUUCAUAUUUUGUUUAUAUGUGU